GAGAAAACCGAGAGUGUAGAGAGCAGGUAGUCUAUGUUGUUGGCUCUCGAAAGUGAUAUAAAGGCGAACAUUAAUAUCGUCAAGCUUAACGCACCUGGUACUGCCGAGGAACAACAUCAACCGGCUGGUACCACUAAGUACCGUCGGUGAUCUCGGCAGUAUUAUUAUUUUAUUUUUAUUUUAUUUUUUUUAAAUUGUUUCACAUCAAUUAUCAUCAUCAUCAUCAUCAUAAUGGUGGGUGUAGUAUUGUUGAUGGUAUUGUGUCUGUUGUGUGAGUCUAGUUUAUCAAAACCAGCUCAACCAGAUCCACCAACAUCUGGUAUUACCACAAUUGGUGCUCGUAAAUUAGCAACUGCUGAAGAUUGUGCUGGUACAAUGGCAUUUUCUGCAAUAUCUGGAAUAAAUACUGAUGCUCGUCUUGUUUUUACUGAGACACUUAUUAACAAAGGCGUUGGUUAUGUUGCUGAAACAGGAAUAUUUACAGUUCAUUGUCCAGGUUUAUAUCAAUUUAGUUUUGCUGGAUAUGGUAGUAGUGAUUUGAAACUUACACUCAAGAAAAAACCAAACAAAUCUGAUAAUUGGCAAAAAGUUAUAUCAGCUGGUCCAGCUGGUGGAGCUAAUCUUGUACUUCAAGAUGUUUCUAUUGGUGAUCAAUAUUCUGUGUUUGUUGAUGCUGGUAAAACAAAUGAAGGCACAACAUUCACUGGCAUAAGAGUUGCAAGAAAAUCAUAAAUACACAAAAAAUUUUGAUAAGAAAGAAAAAAUACAUUUAAUUGGAUAUAGUAUAAAGUUUUUUGAGAAAAACUUUGUAAUCAUUUUGGAACAUUCCCACCAACAAAAAAAAAUUAAUAUCAACAUUGAUGAUGAAUGUGGAUACGCAUCGAACAAGUCAACAAGAAGAAACUAAAAAACGAAAAAAUUCUAAAAAAACAAAAAAACAAAAAAAAAAAACAAAAAAAAAUUGGAUAAAUUUUAUAGACGAAAAUUAAUUUCUUCGUUUCGACGCUACUCCCGAUGUACCUUUGUAAAUAAUUUUCAUUUUUUUUUUCUCAACUUUAUUUGACUAACUGUUGAUGAAUUUUGGCCCUCACAAUUUGACACACUUAACUGUGAUAGCUUGAAAUUUUUCGCUCUUCAAUAGCACCUUGGCUGUCCUAAAUUCACUUUUUUUUUUUUCUUUUCUUCUUAUUUUUCCCUUCACUGUCCUUAUUAUUUCUUACUUUUUAACUUCUACUUUUCUUUGAUCUACUUUUCUACUUUCUAUACUCUAUAACUUUUUCUUCCUUUUUUUUUCCUCUUCUCUUUUAAUUUUUUUUCUUCUUCUAAUAUGAACUUUAUUUUUUAUUUUUAUUACUUUCAAACUUAUUUUUCUUUUGACUUUAUCCUUGAGUACUUUUUUCUUCUACAAUAUUAAAUUUAUAUUUUUUUUUUUUUUUAUUAUUUGACUACCCACCAGUAUUACAUUUUCAAAAUUUUACCUAUCUACUUCUUUUUUCACCUUUAAACUUUACUGUCUUUUAUUGUUUUUUUAAAAAUAUUUCUUACUGUAUUUUUUUCUAUCUUCUAUUUCUUUUCUUUACUAUCAUCUAUUGUCUUUUUUUCCUAUCUAGACUUUUUUCUUCUUUACUCUAACCCUUUACUCUAACUAUCUAUGUUUUUUUUAUUUUAUGAUUUGUAAAAAAAUCUCUACCAUUUUCUUUUCUUCCUAAACUCUAUUUCUUUUCUUACUUUUCUAUUUUAAUUUACUCUUUUCUCUCUCUUCCUCUCUUAUCUUUUACAUUACCUUCUUCUUCUUUAUUUCUUUCCUAAUCUUAAUUCUCAAUUAUACCAAAAAAUAUCUGCUUCUUUUUUCUUCAUACUACUUACUCUUUUUCCUUAUAUUUCUCUAUCUAUCUCUUCUCAAUCUUUCUCUAAUUAUAUCUUCUCUAUUUUCCUUUCCUCUUUAAUUUUCACUUCUCAAUGUUUUUAUUUUUCUUUUCUUUUCUUAUCAAUCAAACUUAAACCAAAAGCUAUAUUUUAUUUUUCUACGAACUCUCAAGUUCAACGCUG